UAUAAAUAAUUCCGUGGUCUGAAUAAUCAGUAAACUUUCAAUAAAUCAAUGUUUUCAAAUGAUUCAAUACCACUCUCUGCUGGAUUAUGUUAGAAAUUGCGGCUUAUGGUUUCUGUGUAAAAGAACUCUUGAUUCUGAUUGGUCGAUUCAUUUUUCCUUUUACAUCGGUGUGUUCAACUGCUGUAGGCUUUCUGAGCACUAGCAUUGCUGUCUUUUGAAGUCUAUUACAUUACCUCCCAUGAGCAUGUUGGUGAAAUUGCAGUGUCGUUGACAUAUUGUGAGUGGCAGUUUUAUUAUAUACAAACAAAGACACCUCUUUCAUUAUAUACUAGGCCCUACUUUCGCUCCAAAACCUUUUGCAAUAUUUUUCUUAGUUAUUAUUAGAUAUUUCUGAAGAAUGUAUAUCCUAGACUUGUUGAAACAUUUUUCAUAAAGAGUCGAUAAUUAAUGUAGCAGGUUGGGACAAAUGAAACACAAGUAACUCCUUGGACAUUGCAUCUUUAAUAAUAAAUUAUAAGUAAAGCGUCUCUACAUUUCGCAUAAGAAUAAUUACAAUAUAGAGGAAGCACAGGAAGAUCAUUUCUACAAAGUAACCAAUCCAGUGGAGUGUCUUACGACUCUAAAGACAUUUGGAAAAACAAAAAAGCAGAAGAUGUUUUUAAAAUUUCUCUUUUAUUCUGGCAAAUUUGAUUUUAAACACAUAGAAGUUGUUUACAUUAUUAGAAAUUCAAUGUUAAGACAGUGUAACAUAAAAUAACAUUUUCGGUUACUCAUUUAUUAAGUGCAUUUGCAGUUCAUAUUUCCCCAAUGUAUAUAUAAAAAAAAAAAUACUCAUUACAAUACGUUUAUUUAAGUAGGACAAGCAAAGAUUAUACUAGAUGUCUAUUUCUAUUCAAACAAGCGCUGUGGUGAGGCAUUUGAACGCAUCACCAGCAUCGAUUACAUCGAUUCCCAUCACAAGGCACGGAGCUCACUGGCGACAACAGCAUUAGACUCAGGAGAGUGUGUGAGUGGAAAUAAAAAAAAAAGAUGACCAUUAGAAAUGCUCUUCGGGAUCAUGGACAGAGAUAUCGACCUCGGAUGGCUUGUCUCAAGAAGGCAGAGAAGGUGCUGCUGGAGAUGCAGGACCCCUGCACAGGAGUGAAGUCGCAGCCUCAGAGACUCGUUAUCACCAUCAUACCCCAUGCUAUCACUGGUGAAGAUAUAAUUGCAUGGUUAGCUGACAGAUUUCAAAUAGAUGCUCAAGAGGCCAGAAGCUUUGGCUCCAUGCUGGUGGCCUUGGGAUACAUCUACCCUUUGCAGGACCACAAACGUUUAGUGAUCAAACCAGACACUUCCCUCUAUCGCUUCCAGACUCCAUAUUUCUGGCCCACUCAACAGUGGCCCGUUGAGGAUACAGAUUAUGCAAUCUACCUAGCAAAAAGAAACAUCCGGAAGAAAGGAAUCCUGGAGCUGCACGAGCAGGAGCAGUACAACCAUCUUCACAAGUGGAUGAACCACAAGUGGGACUUCGUAGUAAUGCAGGCUAAAGAACAGUAUAGAGCGGCAAAAGAGAGGAAGAAACCGGACCGAGUGGUGUUUGACUGCCAGGAAAGAGCCUACUGGGUUGUACACAGACCUCCGCCAGGGACUGUGAGUGCCAUGGACUACGGGCUGGAUCGAAGAACAGAUCCUAAUACAGACGAGACACAAACACCUGACUACUACGAGAGAAUUAUGAUCUUCACCCAGCAGUCCAUCAUGAGGCCCAGAGUGAAGUCAUCUGUGUCCAUUGGCGCACUGGUGAAGUACAGCGCCACCUAUAGCGGUCACGACCCUUUUCUCUCCAAGUGUCUUCCCAGCAACCCAUGGCUCACCGACGAUACAACAUACUGGACCUUGAACAUGUCUAACGUGGAAAUUCCCACCAAGAUGCGUGUAGAGAGGUGGACAUUCAGCUUCAAAGAGCUUCUCUCAGAUCCUCGAGGACGGGAUGAUUUCAGACUCUUCUUGAAGAAAGAAUUCAGUGGAGAGAACUUGGCAUUCUGGGAAGGCUGUGAAGAUCUGAAGUGGGGAACUGCUGUCGCGAUGAGAGAGAAAGCAGAGCAGAUCUACAAGACAUUUUUGGCACGUGGCGCCCCGCGAUGGAUCAAUAUUGAUGGGAAAACAAUGGAAAUCACAGUGAAGGGGUUGAAGCACCCACACAGAUACGUUCUGGACGCAGCCCAAACGCACAUCUACAUGCUAAUGAAGAAGGACUCAUAUGGGCGGUACCUAAAAUCUCCUGUGUUUAAAGAAACCUUAAAGAAAGCCAUCUGUCCCGAAGAGCACAAAUUCAAUGAAGUGCAGUUGGAGCAGAAUGCCAGGAACAGGCGGCCCAGUCUAAGCCCCAUCAUCAUCCGGCAGCAGGAGCAGGAGCAAAGGGCCAAGAUGGCCGCCAACGCCCCAGUUGACAUUACACAGCUGUGCCGAUUUACCACUCCUGUCCCGCACCUCGCUGUCUACACCGGAAUCCCUGACCCACCUUCUGCCACCGCUUCACCCUCUCUCCCUUUCCUCGCACACACCCCAGUCUGUCCGUCCCCAAUCAGUGUGGCCUUAGACAGCACCUCGGCUUCUGAGCGGCGGCUGGAGGCCAGCGAGGGUGAGGGCAACACAGAGGUUCGGGCCCCUGAGGGGGGGAACUUGUCCAAGUCUCGAAUGGCCCUGUCGCUGCGCCGACUGCUGAAGAGAGGCUGCAGCCCCUCCGCCAUGUUCGCAAGCCUGUCGCCCAAAUGCCACACGGCGGCCACAACAAGUAGCCGCAUUCAGCCAAUCACACCAGAUGAGCCCAGCCAGGCUCCACCCAGAAGAAUCGGCAACUUCUUCCAGAUCAAAGUAGACGUUCCUCCCGAGUGCCGGAUCUACCCCAUUGAGUCUGAGGAUGAGGACGAGGAGAACAGGCCUGCAUCUCGGGACGCAGUGGGAACGGAGGAGAUCAUUUGCCCCUGGGAGAGUCUUACUCGACAGAACGGGACAGGCUAAUUGGCUGGAUUUAUACAGGUGUAACGCCACAGGACUUUUAGGGUGGAAUAUGUAACACAAAUACGAAACAACGUCAAGACCUGCAAGAAUCUCUCAGUCUUGGACACCAAAUGACAAAAACCUUCAACAUGUGACCGCCUGCUGCUCUGAAAGGUUGUUGCAGAGAUGUUCCAUUGCUCACCCUGUUUUUUGUCAAACACCACGAAAAAAGUAGCUGCGAAACAAAAAUACUGGUGUUAUCAGUCUGAAAUUUUAAAAGGUAAAUUUUUGUUUUCAAAACAAGGGUUUAUUGGGGUUCAGUCACCUGGUCUUGGCGUGUUUUGUCGACUUGAAAGAGACAUUUUGUAGGGAGGCUGCAGAAGUGGGGAUGGUCAAGGUCAGUCCCAAAUCAAGAACUGUGUCCAUAAUCUGAACACAAAGACCAAACAGUUUUCCAGACCCAACCAGGGCUGUCUCUUGUCCCCAAUCCUAUUUCUGAUGUUCAUGGAUUGGAUGCAUGACUUAGUCUCAUCUUUGCUUGUUCAAGCCAGGACCUCCAAGUCAAGAGACAGCUCUCGUAUGUAAUCCAUGGGUCUCAGUAAGAAAAUUAUGGAUUAAUCUUCCAGGGCAGAGUCUGUCUAUUCCUUUAGAGGCGGAUGGGAGUGUUACUCUUUUCUGUUGUGGCGAGAGAAAAAGAUAAACAACAAAAAUCUCCUUUUAUUUAAUAACCUAUUUACAUUCCAACUAAAAAUAAAAUUUAAAAAUAAGGUAAGAAGCUUUGUCUUUAGGGAGGAGAUUGGAGCAGAGCUGCAGCUCCUCUGCAUUGAAAAAGGUCUGUUGAAGUGGUUUGGCUAUCUGAUUAUGAUUCUGCCAGGAGACCUCCCUUUGGCAGCGUUUCAGCCACUGGGAGGAGACACCAGCAGACAAUGGAUGGAUGCAUUUUACCUUUCAACGAAAGCAGAGCUAAGCAGCUCACAUGGUUUAGGUCCACAAGACGUAAAAAAGGCUGUCUAAGUCUUCCUUUAGUUGCAGCCUUACCAACCAGGACUGAUGUGAGCCCCAGCUGAGCUCAAGCCGGGGGAUGGUUUUAACAAUAGUCACUCCACAUGGGGACAGCAGAGUUUGCCAAAGUUCAAGCGCUUUCACAGCUUGAACUUUAGCUUUCAUGCCUUACCUUACUCUGUAUCUCACGAUGGACUGAAGCCCAACAGCAACCUUAAACCACAUCUCAGUCUGACCUUGAAACAUUCAAUAAAGUAAGACAAAGACAGCCAAGGAGGUAUCUUCAGAAUGGCAAGGACAAAGAAGUCAGAAGAAUAGAAUACAAAGAUAGACAUACAUUUACUGACAUUGUUGUGGCUGUAAAGGAACAUUAAUUCAACAAGUAACUAAGUCUAAAACCCUCGGCGGAGAAUAACCAAAGCAGACAGAGACCUGUAGACUCUGCUUCCACAUGCUUGUUCAGAUGUUUCUAUAUACUUACUAAUGUAGAGACGUUUUCUUGUACUGCAAGAUAGAUUUAGAAGUCUCUGUUUAUUAAAUUAUCUAUUUUGUGAAAAAAACCCAAAACAACAAAAAAAACUGAGCCAGACCAGUUUGGGGUAAAGUGGGAGCACAGGAACAGCUUGUCUACAUACAGUCAUUGUAUAAAAAGGUACACCCUUUUUUAAUCCUAGGAUUAUAAAUAAUCUGGUCUUUAUAAAGCUUUAAAAUUAUAAAUCUAACCUCAAGUGUACAAAAACAGACAGCAGAUUCCACACUGCCGCUAUUUAAUAAGCAAAGAUCAAGUCAAAUACAGAGAAGCUGUGUGUGAAAAAUGAACAAAAAGCAGUUAGAUUAUUUCAUUUGAUUAUGGAGGAAUUUUGGCCCAUUCUUCUUUGCAACAUUGAUUUUGUUGUUUGAGGUUUUCAGAUGUUUGUAUCUGCACAGGUUUCUUAAAAUAUCACCACAUUAUUCCACCUUACUUCUCAUCAACGAUUCUGUUAUAGAUUUGCUGGAAUGUUAAGGAUCAUUUUGACUUUUGAUGGCCCAGUUUAGGCUAAACUUCAGACAGGAAGUCUAAUCUUUGACUCUAGACUUAUUUGGUUGGAGAUGAGUUUGUGUUUGACUCAGUGGCUUUGAAGCGCCAAUAUUACAUAGUUGCAAAACAGAUCUAGGCCCAUAUUAUCACACUUCAACUAUGCUUGGCAAUUUUUAUGAGAUGUUUGUGCUGAAUGUUGUGCAUUCUGGUAUACACAGGAGUUCAUGGUACAAUCAAUAGACCCUUUCUGAUAAUAGUUUCUACAAGAAAGAUUGACCCUGUUUAUGAAUACUUUUGUCAUUCAUAUUACAGGCAGAUGUUGUGUUUCAGAGAAUGAUUUUGGAGUUGUUGCUCAAAUAAUCACUUCUCCAUCACCAUGCAUUUGAUAGAAAAUGAGAUGAACAUCUCUCAGAAGAUUGAGAGCUAAAUUGUUAAAUUGUCCACUGGUAUGAACAAUUUAGCUUUAGCAAUUAGCUCCGAGUUUUUGAUGCUCGAUAGCAUCCCUGCCUUCAUCUUAGUGUUUAACUUUUAGAUGAAUCCCAUUUGAUUCAGGUGUUUUGGAGAAGGGAUGCAUCUAGAAGUUGCAGACAAGUAGCUCCUGAAAGUUGGACAUGUCAUGUUGCUUUACUCUUUUUAGAGACAAGAGACUUUUUUUAUUCAAUACUCAAGAAAGCUAUAGUUGUUCCCUUUAAUUCUUGUAAUUCUGUCAUGAAUUUUCACAUUCAAAAUUUUGACUGAGGCUUAUAGUUUCUGAUAUGGAGCUCUUGGGUUUUGACCAGCAGCUAUCUUAAAAGGUUUUUCCACUUGGGUGUAAUCUCUCUCUCUUUAGAAUGAUGGACUUCUUAAUGUUUGGAAAAGGCUUUAUGAUCCUUCCCAGACUGAUGGACAGUCACUACAGAUGUUUUUUCUGCCUUGGCAUCUGUAUUGCAGAAACUCCUGCUUUUGUAACAAUUGUCACACUGAUGGCAAUCAGUAGAUUUAAUUGCAUCUUGCUGACCCUUUUCCUUUUCACCUCCAUGGACGCAGCAAAGGCGUACUUAGUUUUUCAAACACUGAUUUCAUUAUUGGACGUAUUUGUUUCAUAAAUGGCAAUGCUAAAUCUGGUGUGUCUUCUUAUAACCCUAGAUUUAAAAGAGGGUGCUCUUUCUUUUUACCAAGGAGGAUACAGGUUGUAGUUUUGUAUUUGGCUCCACCCCUAUUUUGUACCCUCUGUGUAGCUGUUGUGUACCAAACACCAAACAGAAUGAGAUGUUUAUGGUCUCUUCUUUUGGGAAGGGACAGCAGAACAUGAUCUAACUAACUGAAUGUAUUAUCUUUAUCAUGUUUACAGAUGCAAGAAUGUGAAAAGUAUCUUGAAUUUGUUGUAUUUGAUAUGUACAUUCCAUGGCUAGUGUCAAGUGCCUCAAUAAAAAAAGUGUCUUUUUAACAGUU